AUGUUCGUCUUUCCAACCCCUGGCAUGCCCACUAUGGAGAUCACAGCUGGUUUCGUAGUUCCUAUUUCAUCGUCAGAAAGCAGCAGAUUAACUAACGCUAGCUUAUCUUCUACUCGCCCAACCACUCUGCCUUGUGGAAGAUCAUCAGGUCUUGUCCGUGAUGCUUGCCUCCAUUGUGGUUCUCGAAGCUCACUAUAUUCUUUCAGUCCAAGAAUUUCUAUGUGUUUCACAUGGUGUUCCAGUAGUCUAACUACUUUUUCCAUCUUUGGUUCUAUCUUUUUCUGGAUGGCUUCACGACCAGCCAUAAGAUUCUGGAAUAGUCCUCCGAAUCCUCCUGCUUCAGCUACUACUCUUCUUUUCAAAGCUUCUGUCAGUAACUCGUCAAGAAUAUCUUCUGCUUGGAAGAAAGCAUCUGUGAGUCCUCGUAACUUGUUGGAUCCAAGGAGAUGCAACAAGUUACCAAAUAAGCAAGCGGAAAAGUGGUUAUGGAGCAUUCAACGAGUCACAUUCAAGAAAAAAGAAGACAAAUUAAGGAAGAAGAUCUACGUGCAGCAUUUAGGUCAGACGAGGAAGCCAAAAAGGGUUCAGGGGAAGAAAAGAUCCUGCCAAUGUCUCGGUCCAAUCAAUAAAUACCAUAUGACGCAACUUCCAGUCAUUUUCGUGGUAGUUUCACUUGGUGAUUGUAGAAUUUACUUCGGUGGCAUGAUUCAUGCUGUGUUUGAUCAAGUCAACUUUAACAACUUCGCGGGGAAAUACAGCUUAGUUAAGGGCUUUGCGUGUGCGAAGACAGAGGAGAUGAUCGGAGGAGAGAUGGUUCUCUCAGCCUUUUUACAAGCUCUAUUCCAGACGCUGAUGUCUGGUUCUUUCAAGACUUUCUUCAAGAGGCGAGAACUGAACGAGAAUGUACUAGAGAGGCUCAACACUGCGUUGUUGACAAUAAGUGCGGUGCUGAUUGAUGCGGAGGAGAAGCAGAUUACAAACCCAGUGGUGGAAAAAUGGGUCAACGAGCUGAAAGAUGUUGUAUACCAUGCUGAGGAUGCUCUUGAUGAUAUUGCUACAGAAGCUCUUCGUCUCAACAUAGGAGCUGAAUCUUCUUCUUUCAACAGGCUGAGACAACUUCGUGGCAGAAUGUCCCUCGGAGAUUUUCUUGACGGGAACAGUGACCAUUUGGAGACCAGGCUUGAGAAGGUCACAAUGAGGCUCGAGCGUUUAGCCUCACAAAGAAAUAUCUUGGGUUUGAAAGAGAUAUCUGCAAUGCUACCCAAACAAAGGUUGCCAACGACAUCUCUUGUGGAUGAAUCUGAAGUGUUUGGUAGAGAUGAUGAUAAAGAUGAGAUCAUGAGAUUCUUGAUUCCUGAUAACGGAGAUGAUAGCGGGAUAACCGUUGUAGCUAUUGUUGGAAUCGGAGGAAUUGGAAAAACUACACUUUCCCAGCUCCUAUACAAUGAUCAGCGUGUUCAAAGUCAUUUUGGGACUAGAGUCUGGGCUCAUGUCUCAGAGGAGUUUGACGUUUUUAAGAUCACCAAAAAGGUCUAUGAAUCCGUUACUUCCCGACCUUGCGACUUCACUGACCUGGAUGUACUUCAAGUCAAAUUGAAGGAGAGGUUAAUAGGCUUACCGUUUCUGCUUGUUCUAGAUGAUCUGUGGAAUGAAAUUUCUUCGGAUUGGGAUCUUCUACGGCAACCCUUCAUAUCUGCUGCUCCAGGGAGCCGAAUUCUUGUGACCACACGGAGCCAACGUGUUGCAUCCAUCAUGCGUUCAGUCCAUGUACACAACCUUCAGCCAUUAUCUGAUGGAGAUUGCUGGUCGUUGUUUAUGAAAAAUGUAUUUCCUAAUCAAGAUCCGUGCCUAGAUCAAGAAAUUGGUGAUCUUGCGGAAAGGAUAGUGCACAAGUGCCACGGCCUGCCUUUGGCUGUGAAAACACUUGGUGGUGUUUUACGGUUUGAACGUAAAGUCGUAGUAGAAUGGGAGAGAGUUCUAAGCAGCAGAAUUUGGGAUCUUCCAGCUGAUAAGAGUAAUCUACUUCCAGUUUUAAGGGUAAGCUACUAUUAUCUCCCAGCUCACUUGAAACGAUGUUUUGCCUACUGCUCGAUAUUUCCCAAAGGGCAUGCGUUUGAGAAGGAAAAGGUAGUUCUUAUGUGGAUGGCUGAAGGUUUCUUACAGCAGACGAGAAGCAGUAAGAAUCUAGAAGAGCUUGGGGAUGAGUACUUUUCAGAACUAGAAUCAAGGUCGCUUUUUCAAAAGACCAAGACGAGAUAUUCGAUGCAUGAUUUUGUCAAUGAGCUUUCUCAGUUUGCUUCAGGAGAGUUCAGCUCCAAGUUUGAAGAUGGCUGCAAACAUGAGAUUUCUGGAAAGACCAGAUAUCUAUCCUACCUGCGAGAUAACUAUGGUGAGCCUAUGAGGUUUGAAGCUCUUCGCGAGGCCAAGUUUCUCAGAACGUUUCUACCGCUCAGUCUCACAAAUUCUUCACGGUCAUGCUGCUUAGAUACAAUGGUCAGCGACAAGUUACUUCCAACACUUACCCGCUUGCGUGUUUUGUCUUUGUCACAUUACAAGAUCGCAAAGCUGCCGCCAGAUUUUUUCAGGAACUUGAGCCACACCCGGUUUUUGGAUCUCUCUCGCACUGAACUCGAGAAACUUCCAAAAUCUCUUUGUUAUAUGUAUAACCUCCAAACACUUCUUUUGGCCUACUGUUCCAGUCUGAAGGAGCUGCCUACAGACAUCUGCAACCUCAUCAAUCUACGGUAUCUUGAUCUUAUUGGGACGAAGCUGAAACAAAUGCCACGAAGAUUUGGUAGAUUGAAGAGCCUCCAGACUCUUACAACUUUUUUCGUGACUGCUAGUGAUGGGGCAAGGAUUUGUGAACUUGGAGAACUCAACGAACUUCAUGGCAAACUUAGAUUACUCGAGCUACAACGAGUUGUGGAUGUUGCUGAUGCUGCAGGAGCAAAUUUAAAGAGCAAGAAACAUCUGAAGGAGAUAGAUUUUGUCUGGAGAACUGGAUACAGUAGCUCAGAGGGCAACACAAAUCCUCACAGGACGCAAAAUGAAGCUGAAGUCUUUGAGAAGUUACAGCCACAUCGUCAUAUCGAGAAACUCACCAUUGAGAGAUACAACGGAGGAAGGUUUCCAGAUUGGCUGAGUGAUUCUUCGUUCUCUAGAGUUGUGUGCAUACGCCUCAGCGAAUGUCAAAACUGUUCCUCCUUGCCAUCUCUUGGUCAACUACCAGGUCUCAAAGAGCUUCACAUUUCAGGAAUGGUUGGACUGAUAAGCAUUGAUUCAGGUUUCUACUUCAGGAAAUUCUCGCCGCGUGAUAGAGAACAACAGCCGUUUAAGUCGCUUGAAACGCUGCGAUUUGAUAACCUGCCAAAUUGGGAAGAGUGGUCAGACAUAAGGUUCACAAGAGGAAACUUAUUUCCUUCUCUCAAGAAACUUUCAAUACUGAAAUGUCCAGAGCUUACCGGAAAUCUACCAACCUUUCCUUCUCUGAUAUCUCUUCACAUCCAUAAGUGCAGGCUCUUCGAUUUCCAGCCAGACCACCAUGAGUACAGAGAGCUUCAAAGGCUAAGCAUAAAAAACAGCUGUGACUCUCUCGUUACAUUUCCUUUAGGCCAUUUAGCCAACCUCAAAGAGCUUGAAAUCGAUCGCUGCACAUCUCUGUACUCUCUUCAGCUCUCAAACGAGCAAUUGUUUGGUCCCAAUGCUCUAAGAAACCUGAGAAUCAACGACUGUCAGAAUCUACAGCUUCUUCCAGAGCUAAGCUCCCUGUCUCAGGUCACGAUCUCGAACUGCAGGAAUCUCAGACAGCCAAUGGAGAAACAGCCACAGUAUCAUCAUCAUCAGUUUCAUCUUCCAAGAAUAAGCGUUUCAAGUUCACCAAUGUCACAUGGUUCACACAGGUCAUAUGAUUCUCGUUCAUCCUCAAGACAUGAAUAA